AGUUUUUGCACUAUUUGCAGCGUCGUGACGCGACAGGAAAGGCAUCGGUCGCGAAAUUAUGCGCAACUUGUGGCACGGUCUUCGAGCACACAGGAGCGAAGCUUCGCUAUCGAGGCAGAGACUCAGGCUUUCGAGAGCCAAAGACAGGACGCGAGGUAUCAACGUCUGCGGACCUGUCGUGUCAAGAUUCACCCAUCUACACAACACACAGUAGUAGCGAAAUGCAUCAUAAUUUUGAGUUUAUCAUCUCUCUUGUUCUUCCUCUGUUGCAGUAAUUGUCACGACAAAUAUGAAAUAUCCCUUUUUGAAUACAGGCUCCCGUUCCGCCGCAGAUUUGCAUGUCAGGAGUCGGCCCUAAAGGUCCAUCGAUAUUGGCGGCAGGUCGAAAGUUGUUGGUGCAACGCCUUCUUAUCAACUUUUCCGUAGGGUUCUGGACAUUCCUGCACGAAAAAUGGAUCGAACGCGCAGACUGGCUGAAGUCAAAACAAGUGACGGAAGCUAGGAAAAAACGUCACCUCACACGCAACGGAUUUGUUUUUUACGAAUACAGCCCGUAUGAAGAGCACCUCGGCUAUGCCCUUCCGCCUCUGCCGAUAGACGCCAGCCGCAUCACUGCCGACCACUUUUUCCGUUCUGGGUGGGACCGGCCUUCCUACUACUCACCAGCAGGAGAGAAGUUGUGGGGUCCUUCUCCCGUCGCGAUGAUGAGCGAAGUGCGCUAUGGGGCGGGCAAUGGACUGCGUGAAAUAGCGGAAGAAGGACGCCAUGGCAACACGCGUUGCAGUAGAAGAGGGCAACCGUCGGAUAUCGCGUGUUCAUCUCAAGAUUCUAGAAGGGUCCGUGCUGCGGGAGACCUGAAAGCAGGGGCAAUAAGAUCCACCGCAGAGCAGGUUUGUGGCACGACAAGAGGCAAACGCGGAGGACGAGUUGCGCGCACAGAUUCGGGUCCUGAUAGAGCACUAGGACCCGUAUCUGGAGGAUCUAGUACAGCAACAACAGAGGCGCGUUCGACCCGGCAACCUCCGGCUAGACACGCUUUUGAAGGAUCAGCAUCUCGUCAAAAGUCUAGAGGCGGCGCGAAAGGCAAUUCACAGACCGCCUACUCGAUGCCUGCCGAGAGUAACUGGUAUGCAUCGACCGAUGCCUCUUCCGGAUACGCAUUUCCGGAUCCAGCUAGUUUUUUUCAGCCUUUCCCACCAUGUGGCCCUGCAUUCGCAUCUCCAGGCGUCCCUUUCGUUCCGUGUAACAUGCCGUGGGCCGCUGCUGUGGAGUUAUCGGGAGGCUACUGGUCGUAUCCACCCGGCGUAUGGAGUGGUUCCGCAAUGUCAUGCGCCGGCGAUCAGUUCGGAGCGUAUGGGUGUGCCGCACCGUUGCUACGACCAUCUGUAGGUCCUACUGAAGGACAUAACCAGUCUGCUUCUGGGUGCCAGCCUGUUGCUCCUUGGAGCCAGCCUGUCGCUGCAGAUGCCUCUGGCUCCGGUGUAAAUGAGUCGAGAUCACAGAGAAGCACCGUCGAUGCUGGAGCAGCAGAGACUGGACAGGGGAUGUUGCUUAGUGGGCCGCCGCCGCGAAAACGCGAGGAGUACAAGAAGGAGCUGCUCGAAUCCAUUGAAGUCAUCAAAGGCAUACUCAAAGAAUUAACCGAGGACUCGUAUUAAAGAAAGUAACUUACUAGAUAAAACACAUUUAUUUAGAAGUCGUAAUGUAUGUUUCACAAAUUCGUGAACGAAACUGUACUGUUUUUAAUUGUGUCCAGAAAAUAGGCCCAUGAGAAGUUUUUUCUCAGAAACGUCGUGGCUUUUGCAGCAUACAUAGAAAGAUAUCUCUACGAUCGUCCGCGCAGUCGCAUCCAUAUGCGCAUCACCCAUGUGUCUUCACGUAAUGGUAAAUGUUUCUCAUGCGCGCGUUGUGGUGGAAUCCACUAAUAUUUUCUUGUGGUGGGGAAUCAAUAUCAAAUUUGCGUACUGAUUAAUCCUUCUAUUUUCCGUUAGCGACUUUCGACGUCGAGUCUUUGAUUAUUUCCGAUCAACCUAAAGUAAUACUUAUUAAACUCUAUAGAGAUUUUCUGCACACGGCGGGAAAAGGGAAGUUUAAUGAAUUGCAUACUCUAACGCCAACAAAAUUUGAAUUUUUUCAAAGAAGGUCAAUAGUCAAGAAUGUUUUUUAGUUCCUAAAAUCUCCCAAUGAUGUCCGUUGAGCACGUCGUCGGACGUGUACUUAUUCUAUUUGGUAGUUUUAUUUGUAGAAGAUGCUUCUGGGAGAGCAAACGAAAGAGAAGGGUUAAGAAGAGCAUGAUGAUGCAAGCUUUGAAAAAAGUGGCUACUUUUAUAUAGGCGCUUUUGAUUACAAACACAUCUGAAGACAUAUGUAAUUAACCUCCGCCCAUAAUAGGACGAUAGUGCUUUCCCCCUUAGUUUCACUUAGAGGCGUGCGGCAAAUCUUGACUGGCUUUCACCAUUUAGGUGAAGGUUUAGAUCCCGCGACGCUCAAAGCACUAAGUAAAACAGCCGGUUAGUUUUCACCUCUAAAAGUAAAGUCUAAGUUUAUCCCGUGCAGCAAUCUAUUUGGUAGUUUUAUUUGUACUUGAGAAGCGCUGGUGAGAACCGAGUUUUGUUUAUUUCGAAAUAUGGUCUGACAAAGUGAGAAUAUAGCAUCAUGUAUUGUGAAAGGCCUUCGGUGCGUCUGAUCGAAGGCAUGUUUCUGGUGACCGUUGAAAGUUUUUGCUGAGUAAUUUCGCGGAACGCGUUCAUGGCCGAAAGAUAUUCUCGCAGGGAGGUAAGACAACAUAGAUUUUGUUUAUCAUACCCAACUUGUGGUCGGCGCCCUGUGGAGGCAAACUGAUUGAUCUUGAUCAACUUACUAGCCUCUGGUCUUUUGCUAUGGAUGAUCUUUUGCGGGCUAGGUCAGCAGGAGCGCAAUCGUGCUUGCACAGUCCAGAGCUGGCCCUGGGUCUGUCUGUUCCUCCGUUAUCCAGCGCCGCCGCUCGUUAGACGGCCGAGCAUACAUUUAGUUACUUGAUCAACUUACGCUUUGCAACGGGCCACCGACACCGCGCCCGAUUUUCGGUUUCUAAAUGAGCCUGAUCGUGUUGAGUUUCAUUCAUGAGGG